AAAAUAAAAAAAAGCUUGGUUUGGAAAUGGCGAUGAUUUGAUUGAUAAUGUAUCCAUACCGAGAAUCUUAUGUAAAUACGAACACUAAACCCUAGCCAUCGUCCAAGCUUUCCCAUUCGGCCACCGCUCCAAGCCUUCCAUCCGAUUGAGACUCCUGAGUAUCAAAAAAAAAAAAAAAAAAAGAAGAAAAAUCGGGGGAGAACAUAGGAAAAAUCAACGAAAACAAAGGAAGACGGAAAAAUUAGAAGAUUGCAAAUUUUGCGGGUAUCCUAUCCAUUGCCAUCCAGCUCUCCAGUCUCAAUUCGGCACCCACGCCCCUAUUUCACCCGGAAGCCUAACGCUAAACCAGCGAGAGAUGAUGGAGGAAGCGGAGAUCAUCAUGAAGAUGAUAAUGCGAAGCUCCUAAGAAAUCUUUCUGAUCUUCCUCUUUCCCGAAAUCUGACUCCAUUUCUUCGAUUCUUUGCGGACGGUAGGCAUCCCGGCCGCCCCAUCCCGUUUAUAUGAGAAAAUGGUAUUCGUACGGAAUCUGGACUCCAAAACCCAUUCAUGCAUGGAGAGAGGAAGAAAGAGGAAAGAAAGGAAAGAUAAAGAAAAGGAAAAAAAUAAAAGGAAAGAAGAAGAAAAAUAAAAAAAGAAAGGAACGGAGAUGAAAAAGAAAGAAAAAAGAAAGUAAAGAAAGAAAGGUAGAGGAAAAAAGAAAAGAAGGAAGAAAGAGAAAAAAAGAAAGAAAGGAAAGUAGAAGGGGAGAAAGAUGGAGGAUAUCCACCAGGAUGCAUGAUUGGGAUGGUUGUUGGGACGGGAUAACGAGGUAAUCCGUUCCAUGGAGAAACCGAGACACCUUUGUCCUACGGGAUUUAAAACCUUGCUUUUACAUAGAAUGAAGUGGCACAAUUGUUUGUUUCAUAGUUUGGGAAAAGGCUAGAUGAUGAUGAUAAACUUAUAUACAAUGAAGAAGCUCCUAGUUGUGGGAUGAUCCUUGGUUUAAAGGAAUGGUUAAUGGAACAUCUGGGUGGUGAACUUUCUUAAUAUUGAUAGAUAUAAGUACCAUUGCUAAUCUCCUCCUAGAAAGGAGAGAGAAAGGAAGGUUAUGUCUAUCUAGAGUUAAAGAAGAGAGAAUGGGCCGCCCGGAGCCAUGUCUCUUAUUUGCUCAAUCAUUUGUUCACUCUCAGCUUGAUGAAUAUGUUGAUGAGGUGCUUUUUGCGGAACCUGUUGUCAUAACUGCUUGUGAGUUUCUUGAGCAGAAUGCUUCUCCAUCUACCCCAAACUUAUCACUUGUUGGUGCUACAUCCCCUCCUUCAUUUGCUUUGGAGGUUUUUGUCCACUGUGAAGGGGAGGCACGAUUUAGGCGUCUUUGCCAGCCUUUCCUCUACUCACAUUCUUCAUCAAAUGUUUUGGAAGUUGAGAGGUGGCCAUCGUUAGGGCCUAGCUGCCUAGUCCGCUCUCAUAUGCUGUUUGACUUCUUAGGGAGCGUCAAAGCAGGUAACAGAGACCAGGCUAUAGUUACGAAUCAUUUGGUAUUUAGGGGAUGUUAUCGUGGUCUUACUCUUGUUGUUUAUGGAAACACUGCUGAAGAUCUUGGACAAUUUAACAUAGAAUUUGAUCUUGAUACUUCUUUGGCAAAUGUGGUUUUUUCUCCAUCAGAGGCGAAGCUUGAAGACCUACCACCAGCUUUGCACUCGGCUAAGAUGACAUUCAAGGAAUCCAUAUCUUCCCUGAAGUCCUUGAAUUUUCUUUUUCCGGUGUUUGACAUUCCAGCAGAAAUGAAACAGUUUUUGCUUUUAGCUAUUAAGAUUUGUCAAGUUUCUGAUCAUGAGAACACAAUUUCUAAAUUAACAAGUUCUGUUGUAUCAGCUGUUUGUUCAUAUGCCACUGGUAACAAUAACAGCUUCCCAGUCUAUUGGGACCAACAGUUGCUGAAUGGGUUCAACAAUAGUAGAAAAGUUUCCCAGCAAUUUAUUAAUGUUCUUUCUGAGGCUAGAAAAGAGCUUGUUGAACUCUAUGAAAGCCAUCCUGUAAUGAGGGUUGCUCAGUCAAUGGAAGAUGAAAUUACUCUCGGAUCAGACACUGAGUUGCCUACUUCUAAACUGUUAGUUGACAUGUUUAGUCAAUGUUUUCCAUUUUUUAGGAAAUUUUCAGUUGAUGAGCUACCAUCGCUUUCUCAGAUGAAAAACAUGGUUCUAACAUGGAGCAUUGUUCUUGUCCUCUGCUCUUCACGAGAGAGUUGCUUUCAUUUUGUUGAUAAUGGUGGAAUGGAGCAAAUUGUUGAUUUAUUCUGUUAUGGGGCACAAAAUUCUACAGCUAUCACAUUAAUAUUGCUCGGUAUUGUUGAACAUGCUACUCGGCAUGGCAUUGGAUGUGAUGGAUAUCUGGGAUGGUGGCCACGUGGUGAUGAGAAUGUUCCAGUUGGUAACAGUGAAGGUUAUUGUUAUUUACUGAAGCUGUUGCUGGGAAGGCAACGACAUGAUAUUGCCUCUCUUGUAACCUAUAUCCUACACCGUUUGCAUUUCUAUGAAACUGCCUCGAAAUUUGAGGCUGCAGUGCUAUGUGUAUUGGCUAAUCUAUCUUCUGAUUUCCAGAUUAGUACUGAUGGAAUUGAAUCACUUGUUGCUGCAAAUUCUAAGCUCAAGCAAAUUCUGAAAUUGAUUAAUAUGUUUGGACCAAUUGAAGAUUCUUCUCCUUUGGCUUUUGCACAAAGAUUAUCUAUUUCAAGCCAAUCAGAGGGUCUGUUGUCUUACAAAGCAACUGUCAACUAUAUUAGAACAUGCAAGUAUAGUUUUGCUAGAUGGGACGUCGACACAUAUUUGUUAUCUCUACUUAAGGAGAGAGGCUUUUUCCCUUUGUCAGUUGCUUUGUUGUCAUCUCCUGUACUACGGUCAGCAAGUGGGAGCACAGCAGACAUGUUUAUGGAAAUUGCCACAUCAAUUGAAUCCAUACUUCUCUCUCUCCUUUUUUAUCAUUCAGGCUUAUCGUUCUUACUUGUUCAACCUGAAGCAACUGAGCUCAUAAUUCUUUCUCUUCGAGAUGCUGAAGAUACAAGUAAGAAAGAAUGCAUGGCUCUUCGGCAGGCAGCUGUUUUUUUGUCAAAGGGAUUCUUCUGUCAUCCACAGGAAGUUGGGAUGAUUAUAGAGCUGCAUCUUAAAGUGGGGACUGCUAUUGCUCGCUUGCUUGCAACAACUCCUCAUUCUGACGAACUUUUAUGGGUACUUUGGGAGCUUUGUGGCAUUUCCAGGUCUCAUUCUGGUCGUCAAGCAUUGUUAACUCUGGGCCAUUUUCCAGAGGCAAUGUUGGUCCUUCUAGAUGCGUUGCGUUCUUUCAAAGAGAUAGAGCCAAGUGCUAUGAACAGUGGAACUUCUCCACUGAGUCUUGCCAUCUUCCAUUCAGCUGCAGAGAUUUUUGAAGUCAUGGUCACAGAUUCAACUGCAUCUUCUCUCAAUUCAUGGAUUGGGCAUGCUGUAGAACUUCAUAAGGCUUUACACUCUUCUUCUCCAGGAUCCAAUAAAAAGGAUGCUCCUACAAGAUUGUUGGAAUGGAUAGAUGCUGGCGUUGUUUAUCACAGAAAUGGGGCUAUUGGGCUUCUUAGAUAUGCUGCCGCCGUUUUAGCUUCUGGUGGAGAUGCUCAACCAACAAUUGAUGUCGAGAAUGUUGUUGGGGAUUCAACCAACAACUCUGAUUCUCAAGUUGUGGAUAAUCUUCUUGGAAAGUUUGUCACCGAUAAGUACUUUGAUGGAGUCACACUCUGCAGUACCUCUAUAGUUCAAUUGACAACAGCAUUUCGAAUUUUGGCAUUUAUUUCAGAAGAUACACCUGUGUCUGCCUCUCUUUUCGAAGAAGGUGCUGUGACUCUUGUUUACGUGGUACUUGUCAAUUGUAAAUUUAUGCUUGAGCGCUUGUCCAACAAUUAUGAUUACCUCGUUGAUGAAGGUGCAGAAUGUAACACUACGACUGAUUUGCUAUUGGAACGAAGUCAUGAACAGAGCUUAGUUGAUCUCAUGAUUCCUUCGCUUGUUUUACUAAUUAACCUUUUGAGAAUAUUAUAUGAAACAAAGGAGCAGUAUCGCAACAAAAAAUUGCUUAAUGCACUUCUACAACUGCAUCGAGAAGUAAGCCCAAAAUUAGCAGCUUGUGCAGUGGACUUGUCUUUCCCAUAUGCAAGCUCUGCACUUGGUUUUGGUGCCGUCUGCCAACUACUUACAUCAGCACUUGCAUGCUGGCCCAUAUUUGGUUGGACACCGGGUCUAUUUCAUUGUCUUCUUGAGAGUGCUCAGGCUAGUUCAUCAUUAGCCUUGGGUCCAAAGGAUGCCUGCAGCAUGCUCUGCCUACUGGGUGAUCUAUUUCCAGAGGAAGGUAUAUGGCUAUGGAAAUACGAGAUUCCCCCUUUAAGUGCUCUUAGAGUUUUGAGUAUUGGGUCGAUUUUAGGACCUCAAGCAGAGAGAGACAUCAACUGGUAUUUACAGCCAGAACACCUAGCAGUGCUACUCAUUCGGUUGACGCCACAACUUGACAGAAUUGCACAAGUUGUCCUGCAUUUUGCCUCUACUGCUUUGGUGGUCAUACAAGAUAUGCUUCGUGUUUUCAUAAUUCGUGUUGCCUGCCGAAGGACAGAAUGUGCAGUUGUCCUUCUACGACCAAUAGUUUUAUGGAUGGAUAAUCAUGUUAAUGAAACAUCCCUGUCUGACAUGGAUAUUUUCAAGAUGCUUCGGUUGCUUCAUUUUGUUGCUAAUCUGUUGGAGCAUCCUCAUGCCAAGGUAUUAUUAUUUAAGAUGGGGGCUGUCAGAAUUUUAGGAAAAGUACUAAAGAGAUUUAGCAGUGUGUUUAGCUCAGAUGGAAAGCUGAUUCUGGAAAGCAGUUAUAAAAGUGUCACAUUUUUUAGCUGGUGCCUUCCUGUAUUAAAGUCCUUGGCAUUGAUUUUUAAUUCCCAGUCGUCUAUAAAUGAAACAAGAGUACCUGAUAAGUAUUUAAAUGAAAAUAUUGCUAUUGAAGAAAAUUCCUUGAUUGUGCAUCAUGUCCUCAAGUUAUGUCAGGUUCUGCCAGUUGGAAAGGAAUUGUUAGCAUGUCUUGUGACUUUCAAGGAACUAACUUCCUGCAGUCACGGUAGAAGUGCUCUUGCUUCCCUCUUUUCACAAAUGCGAUCUUCUACACUUGAGCAAACAGAACGAGAUGAGAGAUAUGGUGAUAGUACCACUUCAACUGAGCAUGACUGGAGGUGGCCUCCCCCAUUCUUAAGUUGCUUCAAGAAGCUUUUGAGAUCCCUGGAAUCGAAGGACUGUACACUGACAUUUGUCAUUGAAAUAGCUCAUGCAUUGUCUUUGAGUGCUCUAUCUCUUUCUAGGGAUAAUGAUGCUUUGGAUGGAAUCUCGAUAUUGAAGUGCCUUUUUGGGCUUUUGAAUGAUGUGGGUGGUGCUGCAAUUUCUUCUGAUAAAAAGUCAAAUGAUGUGCUUGAUUUGAUACAAAAAUUAGAGCAGAGGAUUAGCGAGGAUGAGAAUUUAACUACUACAAUUGGGAAGAUCGAUUUGCAUCGGGUUAAGGAGUCUUUAGAUUCCAUGUUGUUUCUGCUGCAGAGCCCUACUGGUUCAUCAUCCAUGUCAGGAGGCACUGUUCUAAGCGAAGACAAUGAUGCUGCAUUAUCCCUUUCCAAUGUCUGGAAGUUAAAAGAAGAUGAAAAAGCUGGCAAUCAAGACUUGCUUGAAGGAUUUGCUGAGAAGUUUGUGUGGGAGUGUCCCGAUUCUUCUCUUGACAGACGAUUGGUGCCGGCUUUAUCUGCAAGGAGGAAACUGGCAUCAGUAGAGGGCUCUGGUAGAUGUGUACGGGACAAUACAGGUUCUGAAGCUAUUGGAUCAAAUGUGUUUUCUCGAGGGUUGAUUGCAACCAAUGUUGCUUCUGGCCCUACACGUAGAGACACCUUUCGUCAGAGGAAGCCUAACACAAGCAGACCACCUUCCAUGCAUGUUGAUGAUUAUGUUGCCAGAGAGAGAAAUAUUGAUGGUGCAAGUAGUGGAUCAAAUAUUGUUAGUUCUUCUCAGCGUGGGACAUCUACGAGUGGAAGGCCUCCAUCAAUUCAUGUGGAUGAGUUUAUGGCCAGGCAAAGGGAGCGCCAAAAUCCCAUGGGUGUUGCAGUUGGAGAUGCAUCACAAAUUAAGAAUAUGGCCCUUGGAAAUGACAAUGUUCCUGUUAAGUUGGAUAAACCUCAGCAGUUAAAGACUGAUCUUGAUGACGAUCAGGAGAUAGAUAUUGUCUUUGAUGAGGAAUCAGAAUCUGAUGAUAGACUGCCAUUUCCUCAACCUGACAAUAAUUUGCAGUCCCCUCUCAUCAUUGGGGAGAGUUCUCCAGGUUCAAUAGUUGAGGAGACUGAAGGAGAUGCAAAUGAAAAUUCUCGAUUUUCUCGAUUAGGCACAUCACCAGCAUCUGAAGAUGGAGGUUCACAUUCAGAUAUUCUUUUGAGACGGUAUAUUUCUCAGUCUGAAAUACCAGUGGCUCAACAAUUUUCUUCAGAGAAACACAUGAGAUUGACAGCAGCGGACAAGACAUCCUUCCACGAGCAAUCUGAGGAGUCAAAAUAUGUUUCUCCUGUUCCUCGAUCAAAGGGUUUUGAUGCACAGCCCUCAGCAAAUCUUACCAGUUUCCCUUCACACUUUGUUAGUGUUUGUUCUGGCUCAUCAUCUGUUCAACCGUUGCCACCAUCUAGUCUAUAUCAUAGGGACAGCCCACAGAAGACUGCUGACAGUUGUUCAACCGCUGGAUCUCAAGGGUACGGUGAACAGAAACUUCCCAAUAGCCAGCCACCUUUGCCUCCAAUGCCCCCUUCAGCUUUCUCUUCAGUGCUGUCUCAAACUGCUGAACCUGUGCAAGGUCACUCUUUGCCUUACAUAAACAUUGUCCGAGAUGUACAACCACCACUUCCUUCAGGAUAUCCACUGCAAGCAUUUGAUUUCAAUGGCCCUAAUACAGUUAGAGCUCUCAAUCUUCAGUCAGAGAAUUAUUUAUCCACUGGCAACUGUUCUUCUUCAAAUGCCCAGCCUGUUCUGGACCCAAAGCUCUCAUGGAAUUCGGUUUCAGGCAGUAGGUUACAUAUGGAGACUGUUAUUUCCACUACAUCUGCGCAUCCAAUGCCUCCGCUUCCCCCUCUGCCACCACCAUUUUCAACUCCAAUUACCCAUUCCCCGACAACUAUUUCUGGAUCGCAGGCUUCAUUGUAUAAUCAGGGAAGUGUUGCAGCCCAGUUCACUCCACCUUCGACUCCUAUAAAUGAUACCAGUUUAGGAAUUUUUUCUACACCAGGAGCAAGCAUAGCUUCUUACUCGUUACCGGCAUUUACAUCAACUUUGCUGAUAAGUAGGCCGGCUUCUGUACCUGGAACAUUGUUUAGUGCACCUACCCUGCAACAUGGACAGAACUCAUCGAUUCUUUCACAGCUUGUCCCUAGUUCUCAGACUAGUGUUCAAUCAAUGCAACCCCGACCACCACCACCACCUCCUCCCCAGCUACCACGUCUUCAGCUUCAGCACAUGGGACCUCCGUUACAGGUUUCACAACCACAUUCUGAACAAGUUAUGCCAAUUCAACAAAGCUCUAUCCAAGUACAGGUUAAUCCCUUGCAGAUUCCACAGCACCUCCCUAUUCCCCAGUUACAAUUUUAUUAUGAAACCCAACAGCAGGAGUCCCUUUUGCAACCUCUGCAGCCAAUGCUCGAGCAAGCUCAACUGCAAAAUCAAAAUCUUCAAGUAGAUAGUGUACCUCAGCAGCAGAAAGAGUCAGUAAUGACUUUGCAGCAGUACUUUUCUUCACCUGAAGCCAUUCAGACUCUCUUAAGUGAUCGGGAUAAGCUAUGUCAACUUUUGGAACAGCAUCCAAAAUUAAUGCAGAUGCUUCAGGAGCGUUUGGGCCAGCAAUAGUUGCCGGACGAAUAGCUGUAGGAAUUAUCAAAUCUUCGUACUUGGAUGUAAGAAAUUUUGAUGUUGAUAACUUCUCGCGACCACCAUUACAGGCCAAUUUUGCUGCCUCGGUUGGUAGGGGUCAAUCCGCAAAAGAGAAGACAUCACCGCAUAUUGAAGCUUUGCAAGCAGUUGCUCCUCAUUCCACCUUAUGUCUCAUUUGUGCAUUAGUGUCUGUAUAAUAUCUGAAUAAUGUAUUAAUCAAAAUGUUUUUUCCCUACUCUUGGUUGGAAUUUCCUUUGGUCAAGUUUUAAGAUUGAUUAUGUUUAUACCAGGGUUAUGUGGUUUUCUUGAGGAGUUUGAGAAUUCAUUUCAGAACAAUUGUCAGCUAAAUUGGCCCAGUUUUGUGUAUGGAGGGGAUUUUCGUUACAAGUAGGUGCUAUCCUAGUGAGGGUUAAAUUUGUGUAGGUUUAGUUGGAAUGAUCUCUUUGUGCAAGGAACAAUUGCUGUUUUCCCUGAUAAUGAAUAUAGUUUUGUUGUUAUUUUGUUUGGACA